AUGUCUUCUCCUGGUCACCUGCGAGUGCUCCUGCUCCUGUUACACGUCCUGUUUCCGGGCUCCCAGGGUCGUUGUUACUUCCAGGCCCGCGCUCCUUGUCGAUACGCUGGAAAGAGCUUUGGUUUGGGGGAGUCCUGGCUGGGGAGCGACUGUCAGCUCUGCACCUGUCUGCACCCGGUGGGGGUCGGAUGCUGUGAGAUCACGCAGCACCCGAUUGACUUCCCUUCCUGGUGCGAAGCUCGGUACGACCCUCAGACGUGUCACAUCUCCGUGGUACAAAAAGGCAACCCAAACCUGCCCUGCGUGCACAGUGCCGACUACGAAUGGGGGUCUGCGGGGACCCCAGAGCCUGGCACAGAGACCGUCUAUCCCACACACCUGAGGGAACAAAGCCCAGUCCCUCCGCCACCAGCAGACUGA